AUGCAAGAUAUCAAGUCAAAUCCAUCAUGUCUACUGCAGCUAGCGUUUACCCUUCAACCAGACUCCAAGGACGCUUGCGCUUCAUUUUCCAGCAGUUCCAGCACUGUGUGUGACUUCAUCGACAGUCCAUCUUCUUUCUAUCCCUCUCGCACCCUCCACGUCAAUGCGCUAGGUAUCAGAGCAUUCCGGCUGCCUGUUCCUCCCGGCCAGAAGGAGAUCGUCGUCACACACGCCGACGGUACCGAGGCCUACGUCUCCACGAGGGACAAACACUGGUCCGGCAACUAUCGAUUAUCUCGACCCGAGACGGGAGGCCUUAUCGAAACCGAGUAUUUUUUUGGUCCGAAUCGUGAUCCAGUCCUGCGCCUUUUGCAGAGCUCCAGUUUUCUCCCCGAGCAAGUCAAAGUCACCGGACGAUGGACCUCACGCACCAUGAGUUUUACUGCACCUAAGGCAUUGAGUUCGAAUGGAAAUACGCCAAAAAGAGACAUCACGACGGAACAAAGACCAAUUUGA